AUGAGCGGAAUUGGAGACGCAUUUGGAAGAAAGUUUUAUCAAAUUAAAACCCAUGUUGGUGCAGGUCAAAAAACUAUGGAUAGUGAUGUUCAAUAUGCUAAGAAUAAACUUAAUGAGUCUUAUAAAAAGUUUAAGAAUAUUUUAGAUGUUAUCAAGAAGUUAUCACCUACUGUACAUGCUACUAAUUUGAUGCAAGUUGAAGUUUUAACAUCAUUAGGUGAUUGUGUUGUGAAUACUAGUCCAGAAACAAAGUCUGAUAUUGAUUCUAUUAUUUCAACAUUCCAAAAAAUUGAUGAAGGAGUUAAUACAUAUGAAACAAGAAUUGAAAGUGAUAUUAUUGUUCCAUUAAAAACUUAUAUGGAACAAUUCAAAGUAAUGGAAAAAAGAUUUGAAAUUUGUCACAAUAGAAGAGUUGAUAUGGAUAGAUAUCAUGAUUCAGUUCUCAGCAUUUCUAAGAAACCACCAGGAAAACAAAGUGGACUUGGAGAAGCACAGAACAAAUACAAUGUUGCUAGAGACCUUUAUAAUUACCUUAGAAAUGAAAUUAUUGCUGAUGUUGAAAAAUUAACAUCUUCUGCUGAAGAAGUUGUUUCUCCAAUUUGUGGGACUCUUAUUGUUAGUUAUACAGAUUAUUUGAAUCAUUUAAAUAAUUAUUGGGGAGAAGCUUCAGAAGUUUCUAGUAAUUUCAGAAUUUGUGCACUUGACCCAGCACCAAUUAUUACUCCAGGAGAAUCUUCAAUGGUUAUUGAUGCAAAUGUCUUCUCAAAGAAAUCAAGUGAUGUUAUGGAUGGAACAUAUGAACCAUCAGAAUUUGAAAAUUCAGGAAGUUCUACAACAACAAGCACUACAACAACUACCACAACAGUAAGUACAUCUAGUGGAAAAAGACCACCACCCCCACCACCAUCAAGAAAAGAACAAGUGAGAUGUGAGUAUGAAUAUCAAGCACAAGAACAAGGAGAGUUAUCAUUUAAAGAAGGAGAUAUUAUUACAGUACUAAAGAAAGAAGGAGAUUGGUGGCUUGGAGAAUUAAAAGGACAACAAGGAUAUUUCCCAUACAAUUAUGUUUCUCCACUUUAA